AUGGCCAGCGAGGGAGUAAUUGCCCAGCUGCUGCGACUUACCGUACACGUGGAUCAACUCGUCGACAAUCCAGAACAACCACCUGGGCCCCCGAUUGGCCCGAUGAACCAUGCGACCCGAACACCGCUCCUCGUGACGGCCGAACGGAGUGCGACUCAAGACGAUAUGGUCCAAGAUCUGGAGCGUCACUACCUCCUCAUGGUCGAUUAUUUGAGGGGUGUGCCCGAAUUCACCGAAAUGGCCCUCCCGGAUCAGGAACAACUAGCACAACGACGGUUUCUGCCCUUCUACUGGCUCAAGUUGACGCAGUACACGUGGAAGACAAAGUGUGCCGGGAUAUGCCUAGCAAAUGGCAGCUUUUAUCCCGGAAGUCUUGAGCACCAACCAUGUCCCGAUGUUACACGUCUGGUGUCCCGUCUCGACACGCUACUCCCAAUCUACAGUUGGCUGCGGUUGGACGAAAAAGAGAUGGCACUCCUCACUUUUAUCAUCCUUUUCCAUGAUGACGGUCCCGUCGACUACGAUAAGCUGGCGAUCCGUAUGAGCCGAAUCAUGCUAUUCGUCAACGACCUUACGUGUAUGACGCACUUCUCAUUCUCCAACAUGCAGGUCCACGAGAUAAUGCACGUCAUCAACUGGAAGAAGGCGGUCGACGGCAGACUCGCCUGGAUACAUGGA